AGUGAGAGACCACGGGACUAAACGGAACGAAACGGUGUUGCUAAAUAUACUACGCGGAGGCACGCGAUUCUCUUUACGGCUGGGGACUGCAGGAUGGUCAUCAACAUCCGAAGCCACACACAUUAUCUUCGGUAGUGAUUUUGUUGUCCUUGUUUCGUUGGUAGGUUUCUCGGUAGUGGAAAAUCGCACACGUAGACAAAGUGAGUCGUGGCGUAUCAAACGUAUUGAGAUACCGACCGGUCUCGAAAGAAAUCUCUUGUUAGUUUUGUGAUUCCUCGGGGGUGAAGAUUUCUCGAGGACGGUUCUAUAUGUGUUUAGGUGUUCUGCCGAUGCCGUCUUGUGGUAACCGGCUGUAUUACAGACAUGAAUAUCCAGAAGCCUGAGGGUCUUUUGUCGGUGGUUUUACCAAUUGAACUUGCGUCAUCGCCGAGUUCGCGGCAGCUCAUUAUAAGUCAGGACCAACAGGAAGAAGAGGCGUCGGAUUGUCCGCUUUUAACUCCUAGCCCACCGGCCACUCAACCAAACAAUGCCUUGGAAAUCAACACCAUUUUCGCUUCCUCGGAAGGAAAACCCGUGGAAUCGAUUCCUCCACCAACGCUUGAAAAUAUUAAUAAGGAGGAUGGGCUUAACGAGUUCAUGAAUAUAGUGAACAGCUCGAGUAGAGUACUGAACGAUGAACCAAGUUCGCGGGAUCCGAUGGUGGAAUCGACGACCAGCGGAAGCAGCAGCGACACAAACGAACCCGUUUGUGCACAGCUAUUGACGCAAUUGAACACAGCCUAUCAACAUCUUGCACCCGAUGCUCAAGCACUGGAGAAUGGAGGAAAACCACCAUUGGUCGGGAUACAGCUGAUGGUACCGAAGCCGUCGAAGGAUUAUCGCUUCAUGAAAUGGAACUGGCCACUCAUACGGAAAACAUGCUUCUGGUCUCUGAUGUCGGUGCUGGCUGCAUGCGUAGCGCUCGUCAUUGGUGUAAUCGUCACGAUGCCGAAGAAGUGCGACCCUCCAGUUCAAUGGUGGCAAGGUAGCGUCUUCUACGAAAUAUUCCCCGCAUCGUUUCAAGAUUCCUCGAAAGGAGGUGACGGUAUCGGGGAUCUUCGAGGCAUAACGAUGCGUCUGGAUUAUUUAAAGAAAUUAGGCGUACGUGGGAUCCGCUUAAAUUCGAUCUUCCCAGCAGCACACUAUCCUGAAUAUUACACAAACAUCGAGAACCUGACAGACCUGAAUAAAGAAUUAGGAACGUUGGAUGAUUUCGCCGUGCUUGUACACGAGACUCAUCGUCGAAACAUGAGCCUCGUUCUAGAUCUGCCAUUGUAUCCCUUUGUAAAGUCUUUGUAUAACGAAACUGUGCCCUCUGACAAACCGAAUAAAACAGACAAAGCCGUACGUGAGAGAAGAGACGUUACCGAAACGACGAUUCUGCAGGAGGUAACACCGACGACACCUUCCAUGUCGCUGCAAGCGAUUCGCGAAGCACUGUCCUCGGUGCCACCUUCUCUGGAUACCCCGCAGCGUGAUCCUCUCACGUCGAAACACGUGAACAACGUGUUAGAGAACGGCAACGUGACAGGGGCUAUAAAAAUUUGGUUGCAAAGGGGAGUCGAUGGGUUUUACUUGAAAGGACUGGAACAUUACGUGGACGAAGGUUCCUUUGCCAGCAGCUUGAAACACUGGAAGUCCAUCGUAGGCUCUGAGAGAAUACUUAUUUGUCACGUGGAUGCUUUGAACGCUGCCAAAUUGGUUGCAGCGAAAAACUCUAUUUUAAUGAAUAUGGAUCUUGUGGAUGUUACGUUGCGCGUGGCGAAUGGCACGAAAGAGAUCAAGCGCCAAGUAGAGCAUAUUACAAAAGGUGUGUUGUUUAAAAAGCCGGGUUAUCCUUGGAUACACUGGUCCAUAGGCGGCGUGGACUUGAAACGAAUAGCCUCUACCAUUAACGUGAAGAAUGCUACCCAUGCUAUGACUUUGUUAGGGAUGAUGCUUCCGGGAACGUCCAGUAUAUUCUAUGGUGACGAGAUAGGUAUGUUGGACUGUGAAUGCAAAGAUCAUAAGGAUCUUGCUCACGUGCACAACUUAGCUCCUAUGUAUUGGGAGGAAAUCGGCGGUUCUGAGAUUAAGUUUACAUCCGGCGGUGUCACGGCUUGGCUUCCGGAAUCUAGGAAACCGUUGGAGACUAGCUUGACUGGAACCAUCGCUAAAAUGGCUUCUCUCAGAUCGGAAACUACGCCAAUCUAUGUUAAAGCGGUGCUAAAGGAGAAUCAGGUGCUGGCAAACUGUAAUAUCAGGUAUGCAGAAGAUGAAAUGAUCGUGGUAGAACGAUGGUAUCCACGACGAAACUCUUACGUGUUUUUAGCGAACCUGGGCAACCAAACGCAAACAAAGGAUUUAUCCUUCCUUUAUUACGGUGGUCAUGUGGUAGUCGGGCCAUCGUAUAGAUUAAACAAAGACGUAUAUUUCAAAGAACUUAUCAUACCUCCGGGAGAAGCUUUCGUUAUAAAGCUUGAUAAAUGAAGAUUUGUUACUGAAUUAAAGAUCAAUGCAGCGUUCAUUUUAUAUGUACGAUCAAGAUUUUAGCAUCUUUGAUUAAUAUGGUCAGCGUGAAUUUGUGAUAUUUUAUUUGAAGGACAUCGUUGACGUUGCGAACGUUGUACAACGAAUGUUUAGAUAUGUUUAGAAAGUUCCUAUUAAUAAAUAAAUCGAUUAGGAACCACAGUGUCCAACAAAGGAAGAACGAUUUGGCGAAAAAAUAAAUAGGGUAUAUAUGGUGUGGAAAGGAAGAAGAAAAAGAGAAGUUUGUACGGUCUCAACAAUUACAUAUACAUACACGGGUAAAAUGUGCUUAGACACAAAAUCAAAAGCUCACGAUAAAAAUCAAAUCCUAUAUUGUUAACUUUAAUCUGGUUGGUGAUAAUGAAGAAGCACAACGAAACGAUUGCGCAUUUCACAUUCCAAAAAAAGACAAAUCAUUUCACGUUUGCCUGUGUUCAUUUUAAUGAUCAACGUCUAGGACGAGAUUACUUCGCUGAUUUGUAUAUCUUUUAAUCAUUUUGAUAAUAAAGCCAAAGAUGCUUGCGGUUCGAUUGAUUAUAUUCUCAGUCAUAAGGCGAAUUCGAUAUUAAAGUUGAUAUACUUCAUAACUUACAGAUUACAGGAAAUUUAUUCGUGUCACUGGGUACGAUUUUAAAUUUUUAGAUCGAUCUAAAAUAUAGCUAAUAUUUUUAUAUAACGAAUUUUAUCGCGUGUAAAGAAUUGCUCGCAAUGUGUAAUUUUCACUUCUUUUAUAAUCAUUUUGGUACUAAUCGAGUGAUAUUUUAUCGAUGCGUAAAUUUAAACGGUGCUGACGCAGAAACAAUCCUUUUUGUAUUCUUAUUCAAUAUUAUGUGACACGUCAUGUGUUUUCGUGACAUGAAUUUUAUAAGUUACACGUGACUUUAUGUAAACGUAUAAUUCGAUCGAAAUUUCGUAAUAGUAUGUAUUAUGAAGGAAAUACAAUAUUUGUUAUCUAUAGUGUAUCCUAUGUAUUCAAAUUUUUACUUUAACAAAGUUCGAUUUUGAUGUGGAUAUUAAUAUUCGAAAAUAAAACAGAAAAUUUUA